AUGCAAAGUAUUAAAAGUUAUCUGUUCAAAAUUUCAAUCUCUAUUGCUAUUUUUAUAGUAGUUUCGAAUUGUCAAUUAAUAAAUGGAAACGCAAUAAGUAUUCAGGCUAAAGAAAAUUGGUUUGUUGGUAAUGUAGAAGUUACUUGUAAUGAACAACCUCAAGAUAAAGUAAAUAUUUCAAUUUUUAAACUAGAAAAUAAUGACUAUGAACAUUCGUUUAUUUAUGUUGUAUUGAAUAGUAGUUUAACCGAUAAGAAUGGAUAUGGACAAGUUACAGGGCAUUGGAAAAUACCUCCUGAUCAUUUAAGUUGCAAAAUGUGUCUUUUUCAUAAUUGCCCACCUCCUAAUAGCAAAGAUGAGAAAAAAGAAGGAGAAUAUAAAUACAGUUAUUGUUUUUCUUUUGGUCAAUCAUAUAUAAAAAACACUUUAGAAGAAGCCCAAAAAAAUGAUUUUGAUGAAGCUAUUGAAUUAACACAUCAAUCUUUUGAUGAUUUUGUUGAAAAAUCAAAAAGUAGCAACGACUGUCCUUCUGAAGGAAGAAAAAAAUAA